UGUCACCAUCCAUCCACUACAACAUCGUUUACUCCCUUGAUCUUCCCUUUCUUCCUCAACCGAUAGGAAUUAAACGUCCCUUCAACUCCACCCAUUGAUGCCACCUUACGGCGCACUUCAAUCCCCAUCGUUGCGCAAAAUGGAACGAGGAUACGGUGAUCACAGCCCACGAGGCCGUGGGUUCAGGAUUGGAUAUAUCGUUGGCGAUCCGUUCGCUUUGUACACGAUUUCCAUCUCAGUGCUCGCAUGGAUUAUCUCCCUCAUCGGCUCCAUUGUCGCCGUCGCCGACCGAAGCAAAGCGGAUCAUGAGAUCCCCAACUACACCUGGUGGUCGCUGUCCUUCAACUUGGUCCUGAUUAUUGGCAUCACAAUCAUGGUCGGGACGGAGACAGAAAUGGAUUACUCUGUCGCGGUCGUCGGCUUCCUUGGUGCCGCUCUUGUUUUCGAUACCUCCUCUAUCUCCUCCCUUGUCUAUUCUAGCAAUGGAGCCAAAGCCGCUUCCGCUGCUGGCUUCAUGGUGCUUAGUAUGGUUGCAGUCAUCUGGAUGUUCUACUUCGGCUCCCACCCGUCUGCUAGCCUCCACGCCUGGGUUGACUCCCAUGCCCUCCACAAGACCCCCGUCGACCGCCCGUCCAUGCGUACCUCCCGCGGCAUGUCCACCGGAUACAAGACGCGCCCUGAAACCUCCAUCACCGCGCAACCUCCCCUGCCGCAAAUGUACACCUCCGCGCAACUCAACGGCUUCGAGACCUCCUCCCCCGUCUCUGGCUACGCUGGUGGCCCGGUCGGCGCCAACUCCGACAACCGCAACAGCACGGCCGCGCGAUUCGGCGGUGCGUCCGGCCUGGGCGGUGGAGUAAAUGGCACGAUGACCGGCCCCGACGGCAACGAGGUCACGGCACCGACCGAGUACCCGUACCGCGCGAAGGCCAUCUACAGCUACGAGGCGAACCCGGAUGACGCGAACGAGAUCAGCUUCAGCAAGAACGACAUCCUGGAAGUCAGCGAUGUGAGCGGACGAUGGUGGCAGGCAAAGAAGGAGACCGGGGAGACGGGGAUUGCGCCGAGUAAUUACUUGAUCUUAUUAUAGGGAUCGAGUAAUCAUUCCGCUUGUUUCUUGUUUUCCGGGUUGGGUUUUUCUUGAACUGCUUGUGGGGAGGUUAAAAGAGGUGGAGGAUCCACCAGGGGAAGUCAACUGG